ACAUCAUGGGCAGUAAGUAGAUGUUCCCAAUGCACGGCUGCAGUGUCGUGUCCGCAGGUGUGGGGACUGGAGAUGUUCUCAAUAAUCAAUGAUCAGUACGAUAGAGAGGUAAGCGUGUGGUUGAGUAGCGGGCACAUGACAUGGUACAGAGAUUGUGUCGCAGGCUGCUUACAAGAUGCUUCGAUAUUUCUCUCGAACUUUGGUUAUCUUUUCCAAAACUAGAUAUCUCUGUGUUUCGGCAAAUCAAAGCUUAAGCCUUCCAAGGAAAACCCCGUUUGGUUGUCUUUCAUUCCGUUUCGGCGUUUCCAAAGCAAGUUCACAGUCGAUCAUGGAGAAUGUGGUAACUGAACACAGAGAACAAGAGCUUCUACUACUUAGUGCAUCCUAUGAUGAUUUUGAAGGUGUCAUUGUAAACAUGAAAGACGCUAUGGACCCUGCGGUUUUUGUUGCUUCUCUAAGAGCUUCAAUAUCCCACUGGAGGCAGCAGGGAAAGAAUGGUGUUUGGAUUAAGUUACCUAUUGAACUAGCCAAUCUUGUUGAAGUUGUUGUGAAGGAAGGGUUUUGGUACCACCAUGCUGAGCCAAAAUACAUAAUGCUUGUUUAUUGGAUCCCUGAAACUGCCAAUUCUCUCCCUGUGAAUGCUACACACCGAGUGGGUAUUGGUGCUUUUGUGAUGAAUGAUAAAAAAGAGGUGCUAGUGGUCCAGGAAAAGAGUGGCAAAUUCCGAGGAACAGGUGUUUGGAAGUUUCCUACUGGAGUUGUUGAUGAGGGUGAAGAUAUUUGUAAGGGGGCAGUAAGGGAAGUCAAAGAAGAGACAGGAAUUGAUGCAGAAUUUGUUGAAGUACUAGCAUUCAGGCAAAGCCACAAGUCAUUUUUUGAGAAGUCAGAUUUAUUCUUCCUGUGCAUGUUGCGUCCUCUCUCCUUUGAGAUUCAGAAGCAAGAUUUAGAGAUUGAGGCAGCCCAGUGGAUGCCAAUUGAAGAAUAUGCAGCUCAACCGUUUGUCCAACGUCACGAGCUCUUCAAGUACUUUUCUGACAUUUGCCUAGCAAAGAUAGAUGGGGCGUAUGCUGGGUUUGCCCCUAUAUCUACAACAACAAGUUUUUCUGCUAAACCUGGAUACAUGUACUUCAACACCCGGGACUUUAACCAUCAUCAGAAAUCUGGUAACCAUCCCUAGGAAAUAAUUUUUUCAAAUGGCAAAUACUAUAGCAUUCCUUAUGUAUCAUUAAGUAAUUUUUUAUGAAUGUAGCUUUUCAUAUUUCUUCAUCUUAUGCUUAAAAGAGAAAGUGUAAUUGGUAUUAAAGAAGAUGGGUGAUCUGGCUGAAAAACGAGAUAUAAUGUGUUUGUUCAUGCAAAUAAAGCUAAACAUGAACUCCGCA